AUGAGUCAGUGGCUUGGUGGAUUAUUGAAUAGAGCAGCUGCAGCAGGUGGAUUGGAUGGUAGAUCACGUCAACAAGAAUCAGAGGUAUCGGCCGAUACACUGUUGGAUCGUAUUGCCAACGAUCAACUGUCUGUAGACGACAAACAACAUGCCAUAUCACAAUUGACAUCGUUGGGUAAACACAUGUACCAAGCAGUAGGUUCAAGAAUACCACUCAUCACCAAACUAAUGCAAGCAAACUCCAACAACAUCGAACUACUAAGAGAAUCAAUAGAGUUAUUAACUUCCAUAAUAUUGUGUAAUCCUGUAAAUGAUAAUAUUAUACAAAUACAUAAUACAGAGUUGUUUAUAAAUGAUAAGAGUAAUUUCGCGGUAAUUUUCAAUGUUUUGAAUUUGACAUCCGAUCAUUACGUAAGAUAUAGUGUUUGUACUUUCCUAAAGACACUGUUGACCAAUCGAUUCGAGAGUGUUCAAGAAUCUAUUUUGGCGUGUCCGAUGUCGGUGACCAGCAUCAUGGGACUACUCAAAGACUCUCGUGAAGUCAUUAGAAACGAAGCACUGCUAGUAUUGACAGACCUCACCAAAUCCAACCAGGAAAUUCAAAAGAUCAUAGCGUUCGACGGUGGAUUCGAAAUCCUACAAGACAUCAUACGUAUCGAAGGUCAAUCCGAAGGUGGUAUCGUCGUCAACGAUUGUAUAACCAUAUUAAACAAUCUAUUAAAAGGAAAUGUAUUAAAUCAAAAUUUCUUUAGGGAGAUGGGAUGUAUUCCAAAAUUGGCACCUCUAUUACAGGUUCAGAAUACUGAUAUGUGGAUAUUAUCGGACAAUAAGUUUAGUAUUAUUAUGUCGACGCUGGAUUUGAUAUUGUCGUUGGUCGAGCGUAACAAUCUCUCGACACCAGCCAACCAACAGCAAAUCAGUCAUUGCAGUAUGAUGAAUCUCAUUAUUAGACUCGGUCUUGGAAAGAUGUCGUCGCAAUUCAUUCGUAGUAAGGCGUUGUACACGCUCGGUGAGAUAAUCAAUAUGAAUCCAGAGAAUAUUGCAGAGUUCUCGGCCGUCUCUAUCAAGUCAGAGUUGAACGGACAAUCGCAAUCUGCACUUCUCAAGCUAACGUUGGUGUUGCUUCAUUCGAAGGAUCUGAUAGAGAAGCAAUCGGCUGCUCACGUCUUCAAGUGCUACCUCACUGGAAACGAGGAGGCACAGAUGGCGCUUGCCUCAACAAUAACACCGCCUGCACCUGGCGACGACGAUCUCUCGAUUGGACAACACCUGGUGAGAGCACUCUUCUCGUGGGAGAUGUCAACAACACAAUCGUCUACUCCAUCUCCAGCCAGUCCAACAGCUAACACCGCCUCACUACUUGCCAACAUGAGAAUCGACAUCAAUGGAUUCUGGUAUUCAUCUAUGGUUAUCAUUUAUACACUGAGAGAUUCCACUCAUGCAAAAGAACAGAUGUUAAAAGCAGUGGUUGAGAUUCCCAAGUCAACAGCUACAGCUGGCAGUGGCGAACAACAACCUCUAACUCUCUUCCAAAAACUUAUGGCUGCUCUACUCGCCACAAAGAAACAACAGGAUAUCGAUCCACUAAUAAAGAUUGCAUUGCUAAAGAUUCUCUCGAUUUGGUUGGACAAGUCACCGAGAGUGGUCACCGAGUUCUUCAAGAACGGAUCACAUCUCUCUUUCAUUGUGGAGUCGAUUCUCCAACCGAUUACAUCGACCGCUGCCAACUCGCUACAGGUCCACAUCCAAGGUUUGUUCACAGCGGUGUUGGCACAACUCAUGCUGAAUCUCGACGAGAACAACAUUGCCGAUCGCAAUAACCUCAGCUCGAUCAUCAACCAUCGUAUCGGACUGAACAGCUUCAAAGAGAAGAUGGACACUCUCAGAAAGACCGAUCAAUUCACACACGCAGAACAAGGUGAAGAACCAUUCCAAACGGCACUCGAUAAAAUUUCUAUUCAACUCUUUGAUUUCGAUUAUACAAUCUUUUUCAAAGAUAUUUGUGAUAAGGUUAGAUUAUUGGGUACCAAUAUGAAUAAACCAAGACCUGGAACUAGACCAUCUUCAGCACAAAGUGUUACAUCUCCAAAUACAGCAUCUUCUCCACCAUCUUCAUCACCUGCAGUUCCACAUAUAAGUAAAGAACAACAACAACACUUAGAAAAUGAAAAUGCAUUAUUAAAGAAAAAGAUUGAAGAAAUGGAACUACAACAUCAGCAACAACAACAACAACAAAAACUAUCAACUCCAGGCAAUCAAUCACCUUUACCACCAGUAGUAUCAAUUCCAACACCCACUGCCCCUGCUGUUGUUGCUCAACCAGAACCAGUCACAGUCACACCAGUACAACAACAACAGCCAACUACAGAGAUCAACAACCAAAACCAAGAAAACACACAGCUUAUCAAUGAAUUACAAAUGUUAAUCGAAGAAAAAGAUAAAGAAAAUAGAAUUCUUUCAGAGGCAAUGUCAAAACUUGAAGAUUUAAUACUUGAAAAAGAUGAUAAAUUAGAGGAAUUAUCAAAUCAAAUUUGGUUAUUAAAUCAACAACUACAACAAGAAAAACAACAAAAUGAACAAUUACAAUUAGCUCAGAGUAGUCAAAAUAAUAAUAGUAUGGCAUCGAACGAUUCCAAUGUCGAUAUCUUUGAAUUGAUGAGAUUGAGACAAGAGAAUGUCGAUUACGAUGCCAAGUUGAAGAGUUUCGAGAAACAGGUGAACGAUCAACAUCAUUUGAUUCAAACACUCAAAGCUGACAAUCAGCAGUUGAUCUUGUCAAAGGAAGAGAUCGUCAAGAAGUCAUCGUCUUCACCACCGGUUCCAACUUCACCGUCCAACGUUAACAAUUUGGUGUUGGCCAAGGUCGAGAGUGAAUUGGCCGAGCUGAAAAUCAAAUACAGUUCACUACAGAAGGAUCAAGAUGAGAUCAUGGAUUGGGCCACUAAAUUGGAAGUUGAAAACAGUACAUUAAAAGCACAACUUGGAAAAUAA